GGGCUCCCAGCUCCUGAGCAUUGAAGAAUGACCCUUCGCUGGGCCAUGUGGCUGCUGCUCUUGGCGGCCUGGAGCAUGGGCUACGGUGAGGCCUUCAGGUGCUAUACCUGUGAGAAGCCCACGGCCAUUAACUCAUGCAAGAAUAUUGCUGAGUGCAAGCUGGAAGACACAGCCUGUAAGACUGUACUGGAGACAGUGGAAGCAGAGUUCCCCUUCAACCACAGUCCCAUGGUGACCCGCUCCUGCUCCAGCUCCUGCCUGGCCACCGACCCUGAUGGCAUUGGAGUUGCCCAUCCUGUCUUCUGUUGCUUCCGUGACCUCUGCAACUCAGGGUUUCCGGGCUUGGUGACAGGCCUCUAGCCACACAGGGAGCCUCGUUCCUCCUCUAUCCAUUCUCCUGGCAGGGCCCGGUGCUGCCUGCAAUCAUCUCUGCAUGUCUGGCUCUGUGAGCAGAGCUCACUGAGCCUCAGGUCACUCAAACCUGUGGAAAAUAAAAUAAGCCAAGGGCAAA